AUGGCGACCAGCAAUGGCGCUGCUGCCAACGGCCAUGGUUUGAACAUCGCUCUUGGACGAUAUCUCUGGGAACGAAUCCAUCAAGUCGGGGUGAACCAUAUCUUCGGAGUUCCGGGCGACUUCAAUUUGACUCUGCUUGAUCACAUCUACAAUGUUGAUGGCUUGGACUGGGUCGGCAACACCAACGAGCUGAACGCUGCCUACGCAGCAGAUGGCUAUGCCCGAGUCAAGAACGGAGCCGGAUGCCUCGUCACAACCCACGGCGUCGGCGAGCUCUCAGCACUCAACGGCAUUGCUGGAGCCAUGACGGAGCAAGUCAAGGUCAUCCACGUCGUCGGCCAGACAUCCCUCAAGAUGCAGCAGAACCGCAUGAUGAUCCACCAUUCCAUUGGCUUCAGCCCAGACCACCAGAUGUUCAACAAAGCAGCGAAGGACUUUCGGGUUGCUGCAGCAGAGAUUCAGACCGCAGAAGGUGCAGCUGAGGAGAUCGACCGGGUUUUGCGAGAGUGCUUCGUCAAGUCUGGACCUGUGUGCAUCUUCGUUCCAAUAGAUUUGGUCGACCAGCAAGUACCGGCGAAGGCCUUGGAGAUGCCAUUGGAUUUGAAGCCGGAGGCCGAUGAGAAUGCUGUGAGGGACGCUGCUCGGAAGAUCUUGGAAACUCUCGCAUCAAGCAAAAGUCCAGCUCUGUUCGUGGACUGUCUCGUUCAACGACAUCAAGCAGUCGAGGAGGCGAGAAAGCUGGUCGACGUGCUGGGUCUUCCGACUUACACCAGCAACAUGGGCAAGACAAUCAUUGACGAAACGCACGAAAACUACGUCGACCUGUACAACGGCGGACCAUCACGACCAGGAAUCGAAGACGUCUUCGCCAAACACGACUUCGUGCUCGUCCUAGGAACCCUCCCCUCCGACACCAACAGCGGCGGCUUCACCCGCAAGCUCCCCACCAACGCAGCCUACGUCAACACCCACGACGUCUCGAUGCCAGGCUGGAAAACCACCUCCAAAGUCCCCCUCAAAGCCACCAUCGCCUCCCUCACCUCCCUCGCCCCCUCCUACACCAUCACCCAAACCAAAAACCCCCGCCACACUCUCCCCGAGCGCCCCCUCGAAGACGACCGCGACUCCGAACUGAUCACCCAAUCCUGGAUCUGGCACCGCCUCGCCUCCUUCAUGCAGCCCCACGACGUCGUCUACGGCGAAACCGGCACGGCCGCCUUUGGCCUGCCAGACGCCCAGUUCCCCGCCAACACCACCUGGAUCACGCAGACGUACUACGGGAGCAUCGGCUACGCCACCCCUUCCGCCUUUGGAGCAGAUCUCGCGCUCGCGGACCUCGCGGCAACCAAAGGCGCGCCGCGCGGCCGGACGUUGCUCGUAACCGGUGACGGCAGUCUCAUGCUCACGGUGCAAGAAGUAGGCAACAUGGUCAAGCAGAACCUCUGCCCCAUCAUCUUCUUGAUCAACAACGCGGGCUACACCAUCGAGCGAGUAAUCCACGGCGCGCGACAGAGCUACAACGACAUCGUGCCCUUCAACUACAAGCACAUGCUGCCGUUCUUCAACAUGCCCGAGGCCGAGGCGCAGAAGUGUUUCCACCGGGCGGAGACGAAAGCGGAGUUGGAGGAGGUGUUGAAGAAGGAGAGUGUGGUGAAGCCCAGCAAGGUGCAGGUGGUGGAGAUUGUGAUGGACAUGCUUGAUGUGCCGUGGCGGCUGAGUUCGCAGAUUGCGACGAGGGGGCCGGAGGCGGUGAAGGAGAUGAAGGAGGCGGGGUUUAAGGUGAGGGAGAUGCAGAAGGGGGGUGAUAGUGGUGGGUUCUGGAAUUAG